GCGUCCCGCCCGGCGGCGCCCGGCUGCUGCUCCUGCCCCUGCCCCUGCCCUGCCCCUGCCCUGAUCCUGCCCUGCCCCUGCCCUGAUCCUGCCUCUGCCCCUGCCCCUGCCCCUGCCCCUGCUCUGCUGCGGCCGCCACCAGCGCGGCGGCGCCGGGCGCCCCGGUGCGGGCGAUGUGACCCCCAUGGGCGCCCGCCGGCGGCGGCGGGGAGCGGCCCGGCUGCUGCUGCUGCUGCUGCUCCUGCUCCUGCCGCUGCUCCUGCCGCCGCGCACCGCCGCGCACACGGGAGAGUUGUAUUGUUCUUUGCCCAACCCUAGGAAUGUCCAUUUUGAAUCUAUAAACAUGAAGAAUGUCCUUCACUGGUCAGCACCAGAAGGUACAGGAGAUGGAGUACUCUACAAGGUGAAAUAUUCAGUUUAUGGCGUUGGCAAAUGGAUUAGGAAGCCAGAAUGCAGGAAUAUCAACAGAACGUGGUGUGACCUCUCCAAUGAGACUGCUGACUAUGAAGAGCAAUACUACGCGAGUGUGAAAGCCUUCCUAAAUGGGAUGUGCUCUGACUGGAUGGAGACGACACGAUUCAACCCUCUUACAGACACUAAAAUUGAUCCACCCAUGGUAAAUGUAUCAUCUACUGAGAAAUCUAUUUCAAUCAUUCUGACUGCUCCCGAGAAGUGGAAGAGAAGUCCUGAUGGAGAAUCAGUCUCUCUGCUUCAAGUGUAUCCUGGCCUGCAAUACAACGUGUCUGUCCUCAACAAAAAAACAAAGAAACGGUGGUUCUUCUCCGUCAGCAACAACACCUUGGUUGUGCCCUGGUUAGAGCCUGGAACAGCUUAUUGUGUCAGUGCACAGAUACAUGUCACCACACCACUUUUACACAGUGGGUUUUCCAAAGAAUAUUGCAUUGCUACUUUGAAAGAUAAAACAGCAGAUGAGAUUAUAACAGUAAUAUUUGGAUAUCUUCUGCCCAUCCUGCUGGCUGUCUUUCUUAUUUCAAUGACAUGCUAUUGUGUGCACAGGUAUAUUCAUGUCAGCAAACAGAAACAUCCAACAAACCUGGUAUGGCACUACACUGAUAAAUGCAAGGAAAAGGUUUUUAUACCAUGUGAAAAGAUAGUGGUCAACCUUAUCAGUGUUAAUGUGGAUGAGUACAAGCCAUCUCAGGAAUCCAAUCCUGAGAUAUCAGAAAGGAAAAGUCCCCGUUAUUAUACCAUUUACAAUGGCACUGAAGGGAAAGAUUUGACUCCAAAAGAAGUGCUGGAAACAAAAUACUUGCUUGAUAUUUCUCAUGAAGAUAUUUUAGAAGAAGAGGAUAUUUUAGCAGAGGGGGACAAAACUGGGAACUGGCCAUUUUAUGGCCAGCCUGGAACAAAGAAUAAUUUGAGCCAAAAAAAUGCAAGGAAUGUAGAGUAUGAACUUGAUGUAAGGGCUGAAGACUUCAGUCCUGGUCAGAAACCGGAAGAACUUGGUUUGAAAGAGAAGACUUCUGCCCUAAGGGGGCUUCUCAGUGAGCCACAAAUUGCUCUGGGGGACUUGGUUAACGUUAAAACAGGACAGGCGUAUUGCCCCCAACUAGACGUGAGGGCAACAGACCCUUGUUUGGGACAGGAAUUAGAGGAACUUAAACUGAAAACAGUUGAUGCUGUGGAUGAAAUCCCAGGUAAGACCCAUAUCGAUUUGGUGGACUUGGAUGCUGAAAAAUCUGGGCAGACAUCCUAUCCUCAGCUGGAAAAAAUAGCACACAGCCUCACAGAGAAAGAGAGUGAACAGACCAUAUUAGUGGAUUGGGAUCCUCAUACUGGAAGACUGUAUAUUCCUACUUUGUCCAGUGUUGAAAAUCAGGUGUGUGAAGGACUGUUUAAGUGUGAUGACCCUGACAAAGAGGGAAUUUUGUCCAGACUGUAUGAGAAACAGUUAUCUGAAGAACCAUCAGAGGACCAAGAAAUGUAUCUCCUGCAAUUCAAGGAACUAUGGGGACUGCAUGUAGAAAUGGAGGACUGAACAGUAAUUUUCUAAAAUACUAUAAAAUGCAAAGUACUUUUUACUUUGCCAAAGAGAAUGAUGGACUCAGUGGUACAAACACAUCAUAACAUAUUGAAGUUUUCAGAACUGUCACAGUUGAGCAAACUAUUCAUGAUAUUUAUAACAAUUUCCAGACCUGAUGUAAACAAUUUCAACUCUCAUCAUAGACCUCUCAGGUAAAAUACAAUGGUUAUGAGAUUAUUGUAUUUUUCAAAGAAUUAUCUUUUUACAGAGAGUGCUCUGUUAGAAUUUUCACAUUGUGAUUCCUAAGAAAACAAAUCGUUUUAGUUUGAAAGCAGUUCUUUUUAGCAAUAAAAAGCAGCAAUACGA